UCAUUCAUCAAUGGGAGAAACAGGGAGGGCUGACAUGCCGGGCUCGGGAAUCUAGGGUUCUUCAGGUAUUUCGCGGGCGCAUGACAUGGCGGCCGCUAUGGCGUCGCUGGGAUCGGCGCUGCCGGCGUCGUCGUCCUUCACGGCGUCGGAGAUUUCUUCCGCGAGAUCAGUCAAGCCGCGGCCUCGAUCUGUGUCAUUCGCAAUGCGGCACACUGGCAGUUCUAGUUGUGUCGCUCCCGAGGCCUUCUCCUUGUCGUGGUGCCAGACAAUGCGGGAUUCCACCGGCUGCGAGUCUCUUGCCAGGAGCAAAAUGUGGAACUGUCCGUGGCAAAUUUCUACUUGCGAUGGGAGAUUGCGGACCAGAGCGGCAGGCUCAGAAGGUUUCAAGGUUAAAACUGUACCAACGAAGCCAAUUGAGGGGCAGAAAACUGGAACGAGUGGAUUAAGAAAGAAGGUGAAAGUUUUCAUGGAACAAAAUUACCUCUCAAAUUGGAUACAGUCGCUCUUCAACUCCCUUUCAUCCUCGGACGUGAAAGGAGCGACUCUUGUGCUUGGAGGUGAUGGCCGUUAUUUCAACAAGCCAGCAGCUCAGAUAAUUAUGAAGAUCGCAGCGGGAAAUGGAGUAAAAAAAGUUUUUGUCGCAAGGGAUGGAAUUAUGUCUACUCCCGCCGUUUCUGCUGUCAUACGGAAACGAAAAGCAAAUGGAGGAUUCAUCAUGAGCGCGAGCCACAACCCUGGCGGUCCCAAGAACGACUGGGGUAUUAAGUUCAAUUAUAGCAGCGGUCAGCCUGCACCUGAGGUCAUAACAGACAAGAUUUAUGGAAACACCCAAUCUAUUAAAGAAAUUAAAAUGGCGGAUAUUCCUGAUGUAAAUUUGUCAAAACUUGGGACCCAUAAAUUUGGCAGCUUCACUGUAGAAGUCAUCGAUCCUGUUUCUGACUAUCUCGAGCUGCUGAAGAGCGUAUUCGAUUUUCCACUUCUCAAAAGUCUCUUGUCACGCUCCGAUUUCAGUUUCAAAUUUGACGCUAUGCAUGCUGUAACUGGAGCGUAUGCUGAACCAAUUUUCGUGGACGUCUUAGGAGCUAAAAAGGGUUCUGUAAAUAACGGUGUUCCUAAGGAGGAUUUUGGAGGCGGCCAUCCUGAUCCUAAUCUUACUUAUGCCGAGGAACUGGUUGAACUAAUGUUUAGUCCGGAUGCACCAGACUUUGGUGCUGCAAGUGAUGGUGAUGGAGACCGGAACAUGAUCCUAGGCAACAAUUUCUUUGUCACUCCUUCGGACUCUGUUGCCAUGAUUGCAGCCAAUGCUCAGCCAUGCAUUCCAUACUUCAAGAAGGGAAUAAAGGGGCUGGCACGUUCAAUGCCAACAAGCGCAGCGUUGGACAGAGUUGCACAGAAGCUUAAAGUUCCAUUCUUUGAGGUUCCAACUGGCUGGAAGUUUUUUGGCAAUCUCAUGGACGCGGGAAAACUGUCGAUUUGCGGAGAGGAAAGUUUUGGAACGGGAUCUGAUCAUAUUCGUGAAAAGGAUGGAAUCUGGGCAAUUCUGGCAUGGCUAUCCAUAUUGGCUCACAGAAACAAAGGAAAAAAGGUCGGUGACAAGCUUGUGACAGUUGAGGAUGUUGCCAGGGAAUACUGGGCGAAUUAUGGACGCAACUUCUUUUCAAGAUAUGAUUACGAGGAAUGCGAUGCUGCUUCGGCCAACAAAAUGAUUGAUCAUCUUCGAAGUCUUAUUGCAAAGAGCAAGAAAGGAGAUAAAUAUGGCAAAUAUUCUCUUGCUCUUGCGGACGACUUCAAAUACGUUGAUCCGAUCGACGGGAGCGUAUCUUCCAAGCAAGGAAUCCGCUUCAUUUUCAGCGACGGCUCGCGAUUUAUUUUCCGUUUAUCAGGAACCGGGUCGGCAGGCGCAACAAUACGCCUCUACGUGGAACAGUAUGAGACGGACAAGUCAAAGCACGAUCUCGAUGCCCAGGAGGCGCUGAAACCCCUGAUAGAGAUCGCGUUGAAGGUCUCGAAGUUGAAAGAUUUCACUGGCCGGGACAAGCCAACGGUCAUCACAUGAGGAAAGGAUGGCGUUCUCGCCUCGUCCUCGAUUAGAGAUCCGAAUCAGCCGCAACACUGCACUUAGCCGACGCAUCGUUGAGAACUCCGAGGUUUAUCACACAAUCUCGCGAGACAUUGUACCAGUUCACCACUUCUUUUCUCGCAGCCGUGACUCGAGACCAAUGGUGGCAAGCCACCGCAUUGUGCCUCCGAGUAAAAUAAGCAAACGUUUUUUUUGGGCUUAAGUUAACAUCACCGAGAUCUGGGGCAACGAAGGUGCGAUGUUGCCUCGCUAAUAAGCUCCCUUUCAUCGAUCCGUGAGCUCUCUCGAGUGGCAAGCUUUAAAAAAGCAUAAGAACAGGACAGCGAUCCAAGGAUCAUCCGAGGAAAGAUAGCAAUGGAAGUGGUCCGAGUUCCUUGAACUCUUCUGGAAAUAACGGCUGACAAGCUCUAGAACAAGCGGCACAAAACAAAUCUAUGACGAAGCGGAAUGAAAGUUCCUACGAGCUAGUUUUAUACGAGUACGAGUAGUAUACUGUACACGCCGCUAGCCACCAGCGGACAGGAUCGUAUGAGAUUUGGCCCGUGCUUUCU